GAGGCCUCGGCCCCGGCCUCCUCCCCUUCGCUGGGCGGCCGCUUUGCCACCAGCCUGGAGAAGGCGGAGCAGCGGCAGUUCCUGCUCUCCUCCGGCCGCCUGCUGCUGGCCGGCAGCACCAAGGUGGUGCUCAUGGUGGUGGCCGCCAAGAAGCUGGUGAGCCGGGUGCAGAUUGCCCCCAAAUCCCACUUUGAUGAGACCGUGCUCUCCGUGGUGUACACCUCCGAGCCCAUCGAGGUCUCCAGGCUGGAGGAGACCUUCAGCAAGCUGCGGGAGUCGGCCAAGAAGGAGAUGCUGGAGGUGAUGCAGAUGGGGGUGGAAGAUCUUUUCCAAGAGCACCGACAGACCUGGUCUGACCUGUUCAUCUCAGGGGUGGAAAUGAGGAAGAUCACAGAUGCACACACGCCGUCCAGCGAGACAGUCAACAUGACCCUCUACUACGUGCUGUCGAGCGUGCCCGCUCCUCUGCUGGACCCGCUCGUGGGGGGGGAGGACAGAGAGAGGAUGGAAGCCAGCCUGAACUACGCUGACCACUGCUUCAGCGGCCACGCCACCAUGCACGCAGAGAACCUGUGGCCAGCCAGGCUGAGCAGUGUCACCCAGGUCUUGCAGCUCUCGGACCUGUGGAAGCUGACUCUGCAGAAACGGGGGUGCAAGGGGCUUGUGGCCGCUGGAGUCCACGGGCUUAUGCAGGGAAUGGUGCUCAGCUUUGGGGGUCUGCAGUUCACAGAAAACCAUCUUCAGUUUCAGGCUGACCCUGACGUGCUUCAUAACAGCUAUUCCUUACGUGGGAUCCAUUACAACAAGGACUUGAUUAAUCUGGCUGUUCUGCUGGACGCCGAGGGAAAGCCCUUCCUGCACGUGUCCGUGAAGUUCCAGGAGAAGCAGGUCAGGCUCUACGCCUGUGAGGCAGGCUGCAUGAACGAGCCCCUGGAGCUGACCUCGGAGGCACGGGGCCACACCUUCCCUGUCAUGGUGACUCAGCCCAUCACCCCACUGCUCUACAUAUCCACAGACCUGACCCACCUGCAGGACCUGAGACACACACUCCAUCUAAAAGCUAUUCUGGCUCAUGAGGAGCACAUGGCCAAGCAAUACCCGGGUCUCCCCUUCCUGUUCUGGUUCAGCGUGGCCUCCUUGAUCACCUUGUUUCACUUGUUCCUGUUCAAACUCAUCUACAAUGAGUACUGCGGGCCGGGGGCCAAGCCGCUCUUCAGGACCAAGGUGUAA